AACAAGUUUUGUGUUGUGUUUUACAUAUACUUAAAUUACGAAUACGUUUUUAUUUGCUAUUUUAAAAUUCUGAUUUUCAAUUCAUUUAUUAGCACCAAAUUCCCCGUUAAUGUGGUCAAUAUGCGUCUGUUGCUCCUGCUGAUGACGCCCAUCUCGAUCUGGUCAGUUGCCGCCUACAAUUAUUGCCACAAUGCCAGCCACUUUUGCAAUGUGGCUCAAAUGAAACAUUUCAUGUGCCAAUUGGACAGCGAAUUGCAGCCCCUGGAUGGAUCAGUCCACUACAAGGCGACCAUCCCAGACACCGUGGGUUUUCAGAACAUCAUUUUGAGUUUGCUGAACUCUUGUCGCAGUCGACUGGCUAGCGGAAAUCUGAUGACUGCUUCUAAUGUGACCUUUCCCAGCGCUAGUCGAAUGCGGGAAAUUAUCUGGGACAAUGAACUGGCCUAUAUGGCACGGACUCAUGCAGCCACGGUAUCCUUUAGGCACUCUGAGUGCCGAUCUACCCAGCGGUUUCCCAUGGCUGGGGAGUGUGUGGGCAUGGUUGUGUCGAGCAAUGACACUUACAGCGUAAAGAGUCUACUGGAAUUGACGCUGCUGCCCAUGUUCGACGAGUAUAAGGACGUGGAGAAUCCCGUUGAACUAAUCCAAGCGUUCAACCCAUUAGAGCACUUCGAUGCGGGUCACUUUACGGUACUUGCAAGCGACCGAGUGUCCCGGGUUGGGUGUGGCAUUGCUGUAGCCUCGAAUUGUGAACGUGGCGAACAUGUGGGCGGCCUCUGUCACUUUAUUACCUGCCAUUUCGACUUUACCAAUGUGGCCGAAUCGUAUGUCUAUGAGAGCGGCGAGCCGGCCAGUAAAUGCAGCGUUUGGAGUUCGAGCCCUAGUUUAAAGCAUUCCAACCUUUGUGCCAACACCGGAAAAAUAUUUCCUAUGAAUCACGGCGAUAAUGUUGUUAAGAAUCAAACUCGUGUUUUAAGUGUUUAAUAUUGUAUUUUUACAUUCUUUUGUAUUGUAAGUACCCAAAUGAAAAGCGCAGGGCUUGAAUUCUGUA